AUGGAUUUUGAGUUCGCCCUGUGGCAGAUGCUCUACCUGUUCACGUCUCCGCAAAGAGUCUACCGGAACUUCCACUAUCGCAAACAGACCAAGGACCAGUGGGCACGCGACGACCCGGCCUUCCUGGUCCUGCUGAGCGUGUGGCUCUGUGUCUCCACAGUGGGCUUUGGUCUGGUCCUGGACAUGGGACCAGUGGAGAUCCUGAAGCUGCUGCUGUGGGUCGUGUUUGUGGACUGUAUCGGUGUGGGACUUCUCAUAUCGACACUGAUGUGGGUGGUCACAAACCGGUUCCUCCUUAAGCAGCCCAGCAGAGAGCAUGAUGUGGAGUGGGGGUAUGCGUUCGAUGUGCACCUGAACGCUUUCUACCCACUGCUGGUCAUCCUGCACUUUCUCCAGCUGUUCUUCAUAAACCAUCUUGUGGUGAUAAACUCUGACUGGUUCGUGGGAUACUUUGCUGGUAACACUCUGUGGCUCAUUGCCAUUGGAUACUACGUCUACAUCACCUUCUUAGGAUACAACGUGCUGCCGUUCCUCAGGAACACUGUGGUCCUGUUGUAUCCCUUCUCUCUGCUCGUUGUGGUCUAUGUGCUGUCGUUGUCUCUCGGCUGGAACUUCACCAGAGGACUGUGCCACUUCUACAAAUUCAGAGUGCGAUGA